AAUCUGCAGGCAAUAUCUAAGGCGUAUCCUUUUCGACACCAACCACGGUCUCACUUUUUCAUCAUGCUGCGAGUUAAACGGAGGGCCAGGAACGCUCCAUAUAUUGGUCCAGCGGCUGGGACAAGAGGAGCCGCAGCCAGGACGACGAGGGCCCACGCCUCUGCCAGACCUACAACUGUGACAACUCCCAUGGCCACUGACCUCCCUACUCAGCCUAGCCUGCCAGUCAUCCCUCUAAGCACUCCGCCAGUUGUGGACCCUCAUCAACAGGUUAUGGCUAACUUCCCAAUUAAUGAAAACAGGGGAGAACAAACUUCAGUGGGACCGCUUCAAAUCCCUUGCCCCACAGGUAAAGAAAUAUCCGUCACGGAUACCUCCAGCAAUAUGGCAAGUCUUGAGUAUCGAAUAGAAGCACUUUUAGCAGCAGCAGUUUCCAAAAACACCGCGGCUACUUAUAGCAGGGCUCUAGACUCAUUUACAGAAUUUCGGACUAAGUACAACCUACCAUCCUUUUGGCCACCUUCUGUGGACCAAAUUGUUUAUUACUUAGCUUAUCUAUCAGCAAAGAACAUAUCAUUUUCCACAGCAAAAUGCUACAUAAGCGGGCUAAGUUACCAUUUGCAAAUUCAAGGUAAAGAAGACACAACUAAAGCUUUCAUUGUUAAGAAGAUGUUAGAAGGCCAUAUAAUCGAGCAACAGGAGCCACCAUUAGACAUUCCUUUACUCAAAUGUCUGACCUCCAAAGUUUGA